AAGGGCCUGAACCGCACCGAUAGGAUAGUUCUGGUGAACGCCUAUACGGACAUUGAGGGCAUCAAAGUGUUGGACAGAACUCGACAGACAAACGGCACGAAUCGGUGUUUGGGCGCCAAAUGCACGCAUAUAUGCCUUCCCACGAAACUGGACUACCGGUGCGUUUGCUCGAAGACUACCAACUUCGAGACCAGAGGUGACCACAACCCCCACCACUACAACUGUGCCAUCGAUUGGGAAUACGGAUCCCAA